AGUCGUAGUGAAGUGGCGUCGACAGCGCAUUCAGUUAAAAAAAUUGCGUUGAAUGAAUGGUAAGAAUAGAAAGACGCAAAUAAACAUAAAUUGUAUAUAUUUUUUCGUCUUCCCAUUCACCAUGCCAUAUGACAUCGUCAGGUUUUGUAAAAAAGUCCUAGUCCUCAGGCCAGCAAGUUUGCUGUUGUUCUGUGUCUUGCGUAACUGUGUCCCCACUACCAUACCUGUGGGGACAUUCAGAACAGAGUGCCAUGAUCAUCACUUUUGGCUGACUGUCAAGUCCAACUUUCUUGGACACAUGGUUCGCUUUGACAUUGAAGACAAAGGAAGUGUGCACUUUUUGUCCCACCAGCGGGCAGCAGAGUGUGGCUACACCAUGAUAUUCAACUCUUAUGGUGACCUUGUCCUUCGAGCCUCCUUCCUGGCCUGCUAUGUGGACAACAAGGUUGUCAGAUAUGGGAGUGAGAAAGACACUGAGUUUCGGCUGCACUUGUGGUUUGUGAACAAGGAGGCUGAUGGGAAGGACAUGGCCUACCCUGUCCUGCUGUCCUGUCGUCUCCAGCAGCCCUGGAGCCCUCGACAAAUUGUGUGUGAGGAGAAUUACAUGGAGGUGUCUGUAAAGAAGGAAAUCUCAACUGCCAGUCACCAAGGUUUAAAGUGGACAGAUUCAUCUAAUCUGGUACCUGAGGAGAAAGGGGAUGGGCUGAAGGCAUGGCAAGUGGCAUUCCACAAACCGGAAUACCUUGGAGGGGAGUCUAUGCCUUUGCGAGAUGCACAAGUGAUGGGUUACCACAUCAACACUACGGACACCCGCAUCAUUUUGCGCUGUCCCUACUCGUCAGUGAUGUCAUACAUGUUGCAGGAAAGAGGGGUCCCAGUAGAGGUGGUCCGUGCCUCUAUAUUCUACCACCAUAUGCGGAAAGUUUUCCAGGUUGAUGUCUCUGUGGCCUGCACUAUGAACAAAGCCACAAUGGAUGGGGAACACAUUGUUGGGACCUUCCCCCAGGUCCUGUCUCCACUGGUAUCGGGCAGUUUCAGGGACAGGGGUAUAUGGAUUGGGGUGGACACGCGUCUCUUGAAUGAGUGUUCCAUCAAGGAAUUUGGCUACAAGAUUGGGCUGCAGAAUGGCGUUGUGCAGGUCAGGAUUCCUUUUGGAGCAAAGGGAGUACACAUUAAGAGUCAUGUCGUUGACAGGAAGUAUGCCCAGUCCUCAUCAAUAGAUUUAUUCUAUGUACACCAGUGGAAGGAUAGCCAGUGGGCCUUGACCCAUCAUCUGUCCUUCAGACCCCUAAAAACUCUGUAUGUCCCCAAAACCCCCAUAUUCAUUAACAACACCAUGCCAUCUGAAAAGAUGUUUUCAGUGACCCUUGGAACAUUCCCCCAUGAUGUGUCUCUACGCAAUGUCACAAUAGGGGAUGAGCCUCUAUCCCUUCUGGAAACCAUAGACCUGGGGAUCAAGAUCUUCUUAGUCCCAUUCAAGAAUGGCACCCAUGCUUACCAGCUAAAAGUCCCCUUCUCGAACCUCCUCAUCUCUCAGAAGUCUACGGAUGGGGGAUACAGGAGGUACACCUUAAGAGUUACCUUUGUCUUGGACAUCUCCCCCCAUGGAGAGGUCUUUCACCACCAUGGCACUGUGGUGACUGAUUUACGAAAUGUUGUUCUUCCCAGGUUGGAGGGUAAGUGCACACAAGAGGGUAUAUUGGUGCUGCUGCACUAUGGAAACCAGGACUUCCAGUGGGAGAUGUACUUGGGGAACCGCAGGCUAGACUGGGAGCUGGUGGAGCUUGGUGGGUACCUAACGAAGACUGGGGAGGAUUACUUCAGCAUUGAACUACCCCUAUACAGUCUGGGAAUGACUUACGAGGACCUUAGCUUGCAAGGACUGGUGGCCAUGGUUGAGGUCACUUUGGUGAAUGUGGAGACGAUGACAGCAGAACACAUCUUUGCCCAGCGCUGCAGAUUUCCUGUCAAGGAGCUGCUAGUCUGCCUACCUCAAGGGAAGAUUGUGGUACUGGCUGAUACUUCCCGUACCAUCCCACCAAUUGAACCAAACCGCACCACCCUACUGGAUCAGAACUGUGGACCCAUUGACUCGGACAGUACCCGGGCCCUUUUCACCUUUUCUCCAGACUCUUGUGGUACCAUCCGUACUUUGAUGGGGAAUCACCUUGUGUAUGAGAAUGAAGUGAGAUACAUGGAGAAGCUCCUUCCCACACCUGACCCCCUCACAGAAGAAAAGCCUCGCUAUAGGCUGACAGUCCAGUGCCACUACCCUGUGAAUGACACCAGCACCAUCACCAUCUCACACCCCUUUAACCCUGCCCUCACGCCCCCCACAGCUCCCACAAAGGAGGGCUCCAGCCAUGGCCUGUCACUAGAGGUCAAAGAAAACGAGAGACCACCAAAUAAAAAAGAAUGGUUUUCAAGACAGCAAAGAAGCUCCUGUCCACACUGCUGACCAUUGGGGUGAUGACUACCGGGCUGGAGAUUGGUAUCUUGGCUGCACUCCUGCAAAUACACACAAUACCUGUAAUAAAAUUGUACUGUUUCCUACUA